GAUGCCUGACAUAGGUUGCGCUAGGCAACCGCUUGGCUGCAUAGUUUAUAUGAGGGACCUUUUGCUUAGAUGCGAACUUGGGUUGCAACGCGACAACCUUUCCGCGCUGGACCUAGAGAUAAAGGCUGCAUGUGCGCGCGCCUCAGCAGUACUCCAAAUGCUCUUAUGUAUAAGUGUAUCGGGAUGUUAACAGGCCGUGCUGCAGCACCGGGCCGGUCGACGGGUCUGCUUCUCGCGCGCUGAUCGCCAGCGCACCUACGCGAGCGGUUGGUACGAACCUGGGCCAGUCCGACUUCACAGACCGCGGAUUUUAAUACUGGAGCACAGCCAUCUGUAGCCAAGAGGGUUGUUGUGCAUACAGGUGAAAUAUUGAAUGCACAAGCACCCCCUCGCUCAUUGGGGAACUUUACCGAUUGGGGCUUCAAAAGCCAGAAGUCUUGAUGAUAGUCAAUUAGUUUCGAUGAUUUGAUGGUACACAGUGUAUCGUCAUCAUCGCUACAACAGCGGUGUGAAUUGGAGCUGAACGUUAUCCCGCACGCGUUUGGCUCGAGCAAUACCGCGUCACAUCGCUGCCAACCAACAACUUCGCUGAAGAGCGCACGACGGCAGCAUGUUGCGCGCUCGGCGGCUCUGUCAUCGGCGAUGCUUGGUCUGGACCGGGUCAGGCGCUGGGCCGGCCAAGGCUUUCAGCGUCGAAGCGGCCGUGGCGAUCUUGUCUCUAGCUGCAAUGAUGAUCACGCUGCCCGUCGCGGCUCAGGUGCCCGCCGGCAAUACACCCCCUGACUUCCUGGACUUCUUCUUCCAGCCCCCGCCCCCACGCGGCCGUUCCAACGCCUCCACCGCGCUCCCUCCGCCACCCAUCCCCGGCGUUGCUACGGCCUACGAACGGGCGGGUCUCGCGUCGCCGGCUGCGCGCUACUGCGCCAGCCUCAGCGCCUCCCUCGACCUGCUCUACUAUGGGCUGUUGCCCUCCCUGAAUCGCACGCUCAACGCCUCGGUCGGUGGCACGCCCCCAAGCAGUCGCCGCUUCGGUCUGAUGAUAAAUGCGGUGCCGCACUGCCGCACGCUGCAGAGCCUCUUCCCCUGGCUGCUUCAGGCGCUGGGCGACGGCGGCAUUGGGUCGGGCUGCUACACUGUCUCCUUCGACGCCUCCUCCUCCUCCUCCGUGGAACUGACCCUGACGCCUGUUACGAGCGCGGGCUUGCUGCUUCAGACCGGCAGGGCGGUGGCGAGCAACCUGAUCAAUUUGAGCCUGGACUACUGCAACGGCGACGUGCCUGGCGACUGGGGUCAGCCCUACGGCUCGGAGCUCUUUUUCGUAACCAAGUUCGCGACCGCCACAAUCCUUCGCGCCGGAGACGCGACGGGCUCCUCACCGCCCGCUGAUGGAUUCUCAGGCUUCGACUGGUGGACGGCCAGCAGCCCGCCGCCGCCGCCGUCACUGUACGACAACGGUUACGGUUACAGCAACAGUUUCGGCAGUGGUGGCUGGUAUUACGACCCGAAUUACGGCCUGACUUACGGCCGGCGGCGGCUGCUGUCGUUGCUAGAGGAGGACGCUGCGUCGGGGCGCGACAGGUCGCUGCUAGCGGCUGACUCGUACGGCAAUGGCGGCGGCGGCUCGGAUUCCGAGGAGGGCUUCAUGAGCGUGUUUGCCGAUGCAAUGCGUGAGUCUGUGGCUUCUGGCCGCGCCAUCGCUGACGGCGCUCACAAGCCCGGCGGCGACCGCGGCCGUGACAUCACUAGCAGGCUCAGAGGCGGCGCCGGCGGCUCUGGCGCCGGCGGCGGCUUGUCAGGCAUGUGGCGGCGUCUGCUGUCAACCUGGGGGAUGGGCGGCGGCGGCGACGAGGCGGCGGCGGCUGGCGAGAGGGCACCUGCUGCGUUUGCGCGCAGCCACCGGCGCCGUGGUCGUUACCUGAUGCAGUCAGGCACCAACUCCUCCAAUUUGUACGUGGUGCUGGCCAACCGGUCCACUGACUCCACCGGGCGCGUGCUGCGAGGGCGGCCGGAGGCAGGCGUGGCGCCAAACGGAGACCUUGGGAGCAUCUGCGAUGACGGCUUCUCCGAGGGCUCUGCGGCUGUCAUCUGCCGCCAACUAGGCUACCCCGGCGGCGGACUUGCCUACUCCAGCGCCACGUUCGGGGACGCCACACGCCCCUUCAUCCUGGAUGAACUGAACUGCACAGGCUUGGAGAGCAACAUUGGCCGGUGCCGCUCCAACCCGCUCUGGACGCACAACUGCUCCCCCAGCGAAGCCGCGGGCGUGGUGUGCUUUCCGUACUUCAACGUGUCGUCGUACUGCGCCGACGUCGUCGCAAACGUGUCACGUGUCUACCCCACGCCCACGCCCACCACGCCAGACCCUAGCACGUGGAGCCGCGACCAACGGCUGCAGCGCUGCGGCGAGCUGAUGGGCCUGGCGUCAGCCGCCUCCACACUCGUCGGUUACAAGUUUCCGGGGCAGUACAUUUCGUACUACGAGGUCCAGUCGUACGCCUGCGGCCGUGAGAAUGUCGUACCCGCCAUGACGGCCUGGGUGGCGGCGUGGCGGCGCGAGGUGGCGGCGUCCGGCUGCACCGAGCUGAUCGUGCCGUACCUUUGGAUGCAGCGCCUGGGUGGCACGGUCCCGACGGCGCCGUCUCCGCCGCCAGUGGCCUUCAACACCUCCGCCUUCCGCCGGCCGCCGCCGCCGCCGCUGCCGCCGGCCCCGCCGUCGCGCAACAACGACAGCUGCCCCACAGCUAUGGCAGUGUGGCCAACGCCCGCGGACCGCACCGCCAGCGAUGCGGCGGCGCCGUACGGCACGCCCGCGGUGCCCGCGCCCACCACCUACAUGAUCCUGGAUUACGUGUCGGCGCCAUCACCAUCCUCGACUUCUGGAUCCAGCGGCAGUACGAACAACACCGUGUCAUCGCCGCUGGACAUGACCUGCACGCCGCCCUCCGCCUGGCUGGCCGCUGGCGGCGCCCCCAACCGCUACGUCCGCCGCAGCAACAGCAGCAGCGUUGCGCGCGGCCCUGCCCCCGGCCCUUCCAACAGCAGCUUCCGUUCGCCCCCGCCCUCGCGCGCCCCGCCGCUGCCUUUCGGCUACAGCUUCGGCUUCCCGCCGCCGCCGUUCAGAUCCAACAUCAGCAGCCCGAGCAGCUCGACAUUCAACUCCUCUGCCUUCAACUUCAAUUUCUCCUUCAUCUCUGGCGCCGGGCGCCGUCUGUUCCGCCGAGCGUUGGUCGAUGCCACGUUGGGCGCUGCCGUGACUGCCACUACGGGUGCCCCGGCGCCACCGCCGCCGCCGCCGCCGCCACUGUCCGCCGCCGCUGCGUCGCUCCUCCGGUACGGCGCCUCCGGUGCCAUGUGGGCCUCCGCUUCCGCCGCCUUCGCGAGUGUGUGGUCGCCGCGUGACCUGGUCAACGUGUCAACGCUGACACGAACCCUGGCACGCGGCGGCCCCUCCUGGCUGCCCUCCCGCCUCUCCGACCGCCGCCACCUGCUCUCCACGCUCGAAUCCUUUUCGCGCCCGGGCGGAAUCGACCUGAUGAGCUCCGGUAUCCUCGACACGGUCCGCUGGGCGCUCGCGAGCCUUCCCUCGCCCCCACCGCCACCCGACGCCAACCGCCCGCCGCGCCCGCCGUCACCCCCACCCUUCCGCUGGACCGACAUUGGCGACAUAAAAGACGUCGCCGUUACCGAUGCCGCGCCGCCGCGCCCGCCACUCCGUAACAUCGUCUCCGGCGGCCUCUCCGACGGCGGCAGCAACAGCCCGUCGCCGCCCGCGCCGCCGUCUCCGCCGUCUCCGCCACCGCCAGGGCCCCGUGCCCCCCUGAGCCCACUGGCUGCGGCCAUGCCUCUCAAGCCCACGUGCGUCGCGUAUGACUCAUCCUGGUCGCAAGCCGACGGGUUCCGGUCAAACUUCGCUAUGUUAGAUUUCCUUGCGUCCAACGCUGCCUCGUCCGACGGCGGUUGGGAUGGUUGGGGGCAGCAGGUCAGCCAGACGGAGACGGAGCUGUUGUACUGCAACGCACGGCAGGAGCUCAAGACGCGCCACACGGUCUCAGGCAUUGCCAUCACCGGCCUCGGCCUGGCCGGCAGCGCAGUCUCGACCGUACGAUCGCUGCUGCGCGGCGCGCGGCCCUUCAAUGGCAGCGUCACCAGUGAUGAGGGCACCGCCGCCAUCCCGGCCGCCAACCUCGCCUUUUUGGAUCUUUCCGGGAACGCGCUAACCGGCGGCGUGCCGGCAAUCCCCGUGCCCGUGCUGCACGUCAACCUCUCUUCCAACCGCUUGAGCGGCGACCUGCAAAGCCAACUGAAAAACAACCUAACCGCCGCCGCCUUCACAGCCACGCUUGUCCUGGACCUCUCCAACAACGGCUUUACCGGCCAACUGCCAACACGCACCGACGUUGCCGCCCCCGCCACCAACAGCAGCGCUUGGGGCGCACUGCUUACCAGCGCCGUUCGCAUCGACUUCUCCGGCAACAGCUUCUCCGGCCCACUCCCCGCGGACUGGGCUCCCCUGCUUGCUCAGAUGGACCUCGUGGUCAGCCGCAACCCGGGGCUCACCGGUGGCGUGCCGGCGGAAUGGAUUGCCGCAGCCCGCGGCCUGCCCCCUUACGGCGAUGGCGGCAGCGGCCCUUUCUCAUUGGGCAGUAUGAUCACCGCCACAGCUCCACCGCCCAGCCCGCCUAGCCCGCCGUCGCCGCCUCGUCCGCCGGCGCCUGCUGGCGGAGGUGGCGCGGCGUCAGGAGACGGUGCGUCCAGCAGCACCCCGCCGCGUCAGGGAGCGCUGUUGAUUGACCUGAGCGGCUGCACGGGUCUCACCGGCCGCUUCACACACACCGCCGACUUCAGCACUCUGCGGGUCCGCGGCACGCAGCUGCAGCUGGACUGGAACAAGCUUCCCGCGGCGGAGCGCAAGUGGACUUACGUGGUGGAUCGCGUCGCUCGCGACCACAUGGACUUUGAGCAGGUGGCUUACCGCAAGUCCGGCAUCAGCAAUGUCCUCACCCGGGCGUCUCUUUUGGACCCAGAUGAGGUCAUGUACGUGUGUGACGCCCUCGAUGAACAACGCAACGCCGAGCGCCGCACCGCCAUCAGCGCCGUCGGCAGCAGCACGGGCAGCAGCACCGGCAGUAGCAGCACCAGCGGCGGCAGCAGCAUCGGGGGAGACGCGACGGUGGUCGUGGCUGUCACGGAGCCCUGGCCCCGUGUGCGCAACUACCUCGAGGUGCACGACAGCUACACAGAGUGGCAGACGGACCCCGCCGUGUGGUGCUACGGCGGAGCGGAGGCGCGGGGCAUUGUGGCCUUGAAGGUCUGGCUACCUGUGAUCAUCAUCUCCGUCCUGGCAUGCGGCGUCGCGCUGCCCGCCCAUUACAUCCGGGAGCGCGUCCACAAACGCGCCGCCGCUCGCCGCGCCGCCUGGAAGCAGCAGCAGCAGCAACAGCAGCAGCAGGACCAGCUGGCAGAGAGCAAGGACGGCAAGAAGAGGCCUGUGAACACGCUGGCCGCACCCGAGGGGCGCUUUGCCAGGGCUUGGCACAAAUUCAAGGGAGUCAUGGUGCCAGUGAUUGACGUGGUGGAGCCGCGACUCGUCCUGGCCCUGUACUGGGUGGACCUCAUCUCGGACAUUGUCUUCAUUGCCGGCUACAAGGGCUGGAACCGCCAGCCCGCGCCCGCCAUCGCAGUCAUCAUCAUCCUGAUCGCCAACCUGACCGCCGGCUGGGUGCUCCACCUCAUCCACCUGCGCAAGCAGCUUGGCGACGGGCCCGCCGGCGGCGAGGGCUGGAGCGUGCGUCGUUGCAUCGUGGUGGGCAUCCUGACCGCGCCCUUUGGCAUUGCGCUGGAGUGGUUGUGGAACGGCUUCUUGACGAUCGUAACCUUCGUGACCACGUGGCAUGCGGUUGCCAAGGGCGACCUCAAGGCCCACGUGACCGCCGUGCAGCGCAUCACACGUGGAUGGCCGCUGCUGCUCAGCUACGAGGCAAACAUCCAGAUCUUCGAGACCACGGUGCUGUUGGAGCCAGUAAACGAGUCUCUGCCUCAGGCCAUCGUGCAGACCACCUGCUACGUUGUCGGUCGCAAUGCGGGCAUGGUCAUUCUCACGCCCAUCUUCCUCUUCUCGGCCAUCCUGCAAGCCAUCAGCAUCUGCAAGUCCUGCCUGGUCCUGGCCUGGCGCGCCUACAAGUCCGGCAGCUGGAUCGCGGUGCUCACUCUGCAGGACGAGGGCGCGGGCAAGAGCUUCAGCAUGGAAGACAGCGACGAUGACAAAAACAACAAGAAGAAGGGCGAGGGCAAGGGCGAGGGUGAUGGAGAGGGCAGCGACGGCGCGGGCAGCGGCGCUGCGGAGGGAGGCGCUGGUGGCGGCGGGGGAGGCGCAAAGGGUGGCAAGCAGUCGCCCCAUUGCUCCCGAGCCACGACAUCUUCUGUGUCUGGCACGCUGACGGCCAUGAGCAGCAGCGGACUGCAGGCCUCGGGGCCGCCGCCGCCGCCACCGGUACAGCCGCCGCCACCGCCCAGCAAUGCUCAGGUGGCCAAUUUCGCGGGCGUGUCCGCGUUCCUGAACCAGCAGCAGCAGAUGGCGGCACAAAUGCAGAUGCCAAUGCAGAUGCAGGCGCCGCCGCCAGCGAUGGUUGUGGCCGCGUCGGCGCCGCCGUUUGCGCCGCCGCCGCCCCCUCAGCCGAUGGGCCCGAUGCUGAUGUUUCCAUCGGCAGUGGCACCGGUGCCGCAGCCUCCGCAAUCCGCGUUCCUGCAGCCGAUGCCCUUCUCUGCGCCGCAGCCGUCGGCGCCGCCUGUGCCUCACGCCGUCACGGCGGCGCCGCCUGCCGCCAAAGGCGCCACCGCCUGGGGCCUGCGCGACUGGGCCUCGCUGGCGGCUGCCGCCUCCUCCAGGUUCACGGAUGGCUUCGCCGAGGCUGAGGAGGGAGAGGAGGAGGCGGCAGAGGUGGAAGCCGAGGCUGCCGCCGGGGAUGCGGAGCAAGCAGAGGUGCAGGCAGCGGAUGCAGAUCAGGGUGUGGUGGCGGCGCAGGACAUUGCAAUCCAGUUUGCUCCAGCUGAAUACUACACGCCCGCGCCGCCGUUGCAGCAGCCCGUGCAGCAGCAGCCCAUGCAGGCGCCACCCAUGCAGGCGGCUCCCAUGCAGGCGCCACCCAUGCAGGCGCCACCCAUGCAGGCGCCUCCCAUGCAGCAGCAGCAGCAGCAGCAGCAGCAGCAGCAGCAGCAGCAGCAGCAGCCGAUGGAGCCGCCCUUGGGCUACAGCCCGCUCACCGCGCAUCUUUACGGCUACCGCGCCCCUGCCCCCGCCUCAGAGGCCACGGCUGAGGGCACCAGUGCCCUCAAGGGGGCCUGGUCAGCGAUGCGCGGCAUGUGGCGUGGCGGUCGCAAUUGAGGAAGCAGAACAGUGGACGUAAGCCAAUGGUGCCAAUUAGAUAGCAAGGUUGGGUGAACCUACCUCGUGGCGGGGCUAGCUCCUGACUGGUAGAUGAUUGUAGAUAUCUGGGUUCUGGGCCUUGCAAUAUCGGUGCGGCUGAGCACGUGCCUGAGCACGUGCUAGCUGUUGUGUGUUACUGCGCGAUACGUACCCAUAGCAGGGUUCAUGCAGUUUACAAGAUUCGGAGAUGCUUCGCGUGAUUAGCUCGUUAUCAGCUCGUGGCUUUAAUGUCAUGCCCGCAUGUCUGGGUGUGCGCUGCGGUUAGAGUAGUGCAACAGGCGGACACGGCAGCUCGUAGGCUUCUCGACGUGAGCAGCGCUUGCCGAUCUACUUGUACGUAGGUGCUGCGUAUCUAUGCCCCCAUCAAUGGUAUUACUUUUAUGACAUUUAAGGCUCGUACGAAACCAUGGGUGCACGAGACGGUGGUAUUUUGCUCAUUACACUGCCGUGCCUUAAUGGUUAGUCUGGGCCCCGGCCGUGCAUGCCAUUGCGCCACGUCGCCGUGUGCGCGCGUGUGCGUGCGUGUGUGUGAGUGUGUGUGUCUUUGUGUGUGCGUGCGCGUGGCGGCAUGUGCGUGCAGCACCAUGCAUGUACGUGUAGCACCUGUGCCUCACUUGGAGCCCAGAUGAUGAGACUGGGUCUGCACACCGCAGAAUGCCCACACCUGGGCUGCAAAACUAGUGAACGCGCGCCAGCUGGCCACCUGCCGGGGCGACGCCCGAGUAACGCACUGAUCCGUGUGUGUUGAGUAAACCUCUGGUGCCCGGCGCUACUGAUGCUGCCUGUGAAGCGGGUGUGGGUGGUGGGUGGGUGUGGGUACAUUUUUUUGUGGCUCUCCCGGCCCGGGCCUUAAGCAAAUAAUAUUUGUUCCCAUGCUCUGCUGAUGGUGGUGAUUUCUAUGUACACGUGGGCCAUGAGAAGGAUACUUGGCUGGGGGACUUCGGUGAGCUGAGUGGAAUGGAACCAAAUUAGGAGGCCCUUCGCGUGGUAGUCACGUGUGACGUUCACAGUCCAUUAGGACCGAUGAGGGAUGUCCAUAAUAUUAUUUGAACAGGAGUGCAGCCGCACCAGAUGUUACCUGUGCUAGAGAUUCAAGGGAAUGUGUGGAAAGGGAAUGCACGGAUGACGUGCUGGAUGGUGUGUGAAUGUGUGUGCGAUGGGACAGUGUUUAGGCAGGUUGGUGGGGUCCCAUAGCAUGUGAUGGCUCGGCGUCUUCGGGUGCUGGGACUGUCCCCUCUGUAACAUCCGCUGAUC